GCUGAACAUUUCUCCCGAAUGGAAGCUUUUCUCUUGGCUGUUCUAAUGCUAACACUAACACUACUAGUAAACAGAACGGUAUGCCAGCUAGAAAUACAUUUCUACCGAAAUUCAUGCCCACUCGCGGAGGCUAUUGUCCACACUGUAUCGCGGCAGCUUUUUGCCGCAGAUCCAACUCUGCCGGCUGGUUUGCUCCGUCUACAAUUUCAUGACUGUUGGACUCGAGGAUGUGAUGGAUCUGUUCUCAUAGACAGCACAGCUGACAACACAGCAGAAAAAGAGGCUCCUCCGAAUCUUACCUUGAGAGGAUUCGACGAGAUCGACACAAUCAAAGCAGCAGUAGAGGCGCAAUGCCCAGGGAUUGUUUCAUGUGCAGAUAUACUGGCAAUGGCAGUACGGGAAGGCUGUAACUUUACCGGAGCAUCGGCUUAUGAUCUACUAACGGGGCGACUAGAUGGGACUAUUUCCAAAUUGGAAGAAGUUAAUAUGCCUGGGCCUUCUUUCUCUAUUGAACAAGCUUUGCAGUCUUUCCAGGCCAAGGGUUAUACUUUGGAUGACAUGAUUACCCUGCUUGGUGGUCAUUCGAUGGGGUUCGCUCAUUGCGGCUUUUUCUUGGACCGCCUCUACAACUUUCUAGGAACCGGCGAGGCUGAUCCAACCAUGGAUCCAGGCACCCUUCAAUUCCUCAUGAGUAACUGUCCAAUAUCAUUGGAAACGAACACUAACGUAAGUGCGGAUCCUAAGGUGAACAUAAAUCAAAAUACAACCGCACCCUUUCUGCUAACCAACAGUUUCUACCAAGGACUGCUUAAUAAGAAAGCAGUGCUUCAGCUGGAUCAAGAGCUAGCGUUCAAUGCGACUACUCUAGCGAUGGUAAUAGAUUACAUUGCAAAACCCGAUACUUGGCGAAAGAAAUUCGCCAAGGCGAUGAUUAAAAUGACUACCGAGGAGGUUUUACCUGCUGGAGAAGUGGGGGAAAUCAGGCUCAAUUGCAGAGUAGUGAAUAACCCAAGUCCAGCGGCAGCUCCAGUGAAUAACCCAAGUCCACCUGCUCCUCCAGUGAAUAACCCAAGUCCCCCAAGUCCAGUGGCAGCUCCAGUGAAAAACCCAAGUCCAGCGCCGGCUCCAAGAUUUUAGUUGAGCUAUGAAAAAAUUACAAAGAAAUUCUUUUGAUUAUAUGUGGAUUCUUUUAGUAGUAACACACAUAAUGAAGUUACUUUUUUCUUUA